GUCGCGCUGCCAUUUUAACGUCAACGCGUUCACGCAGACGCACACAUCUCCAACAGCGGGUACACAUUAACAAACGGGACAAAGACACCGUUGAGGGCCGACCCUAGUUAUUCUUUUCGACGUUGAACUCGUUUUUAGCCUUCUCUAGACCGAGUCCGACGACUGGUGUAGAGCUGUUUAAUUUCUAAAGGAAGAAAAAAAACCGAAGGCAAAAUGUCGACGCCAGAGGCUUCGCCAGAGAAACCAGGCCAUGGAAAUGCGGUGACCAACGGCAAGUCCAACAAUGACUCCAGGAAGGAGAGGCCCUCAAAACGUGGCGGUGGUGGACGGUUUGAGCCAUAUGGAAACCCAAACAAGAGAUACCGUGUGUUUGUCAGCAACAUUCCCUAUGAUGUUAAAUGGCAAACACUGAAAGAUCUCAUGAAGGAAAUAGUGGGUGAGGUUACGUACGUGGAACACUUAAUGGACGCAGAAGGCAAAUCAAGGGUAAGUGCAAAGAGACGAACCUCCAUUUGUCCGCUUGAGUUUUUACAUUUACUUUGCUUUUUAAUGUGGGAUGUUCAGGACUGGGUUGAGUUCAAAAUGUGUCGUCUUGGGUGGCAUUCGAACAAAAAUGGAUGCCGGCUGUGAUCUGAGUCCCAGCUCCAUAGUAAUUUUGGUUUUUGAGUGUUCAGUCCCUUAAAGGUAGACUUUUUGUGCUGCUUUUCUCGAGCCUAGUUAGUGGUGUUCAGUAACUUAACAAGGAAAAUAUGGUGUCAAUGAUUUGUUGGAGUGAUUAUUAGAGAUUCACAUGUACUAAUGGGAAUGGAACAUUAGAAUUUGAUUGUGUAAUUGAAACUGCAGGCUGGUUUGUGCAUUCUGGUCAUCAAAUAAUCUUGUUCAGCCAUUUGAGUUGGAGUCCACAAACUUGAAUAAACUUUAAGAGAUGUAAUUUUAUUGCUGUAAGAGAACACCACAAAGGGUUGUACUGUUUUAAUGUAUAUCGAGUAUUCUAUAAGUGUUUAUUAUAUGUUGUAUUUGAAAUAUUUCCAAAGCUGUUCCGCUGUAUUGUAAAUAUUUUCUUAGCUGUUUCGUAAUGACUUGUGGAUUUUGUCUAAUUGUCUCUUUUUUUUUUUUUUUUUACUUUCUGGCUGGUAUGCUGAAUGAACAAAGGGUUGUGCGGUGGUUGAAUUCAGAACUGAAGAGCUAAUGAAAAAAGCUGUGGAGAAGGUCAACAAGCAUGUUAUGAAUGGACGUCCUUUGAAGGUUAAGGAGGAUCCAGAUGGUGUAAUUGCCCAGCGUGAAGCUCAUCGGACCCAGGGAGGAGGAGGAGGUGGUGGUGGUCCCCCAGGGAUGGGUGGUGGAAUGGGUGGAGGCAUGGGUAUGGGCCCAGGUCCUGGUGGUCCUCCAAUGGUUAACGUCCCUCCAAGCCUCAUGAACAACCCCAACAUCCCAAAUGAAAUCAUCCAUGGUCUCCAGGCUGGAAAAAUCGGAAGCACUGUUUUUGUUGCAAAUCUGGACUACAAUGUUGGAUGGAAGAAGCUGAAGGAGGUGUUUGGAAUGGCUGGAGUGGUUGUACGUGCUGAUAUUCUGGAGGAUAAGGAUGGGAAAAGCAGAGGCAUGGGAACAGUCACAUUUGAGAUGCCCAUUGAAGCUGUUCAAGCAGUCUCCAUGUUGAAUGGACAGCUCCUCUUCAACAGGAUCAUGCAUGUCAAACUGGAUGAGAAAUCUUUACCAAAAGGUGACUUUACACCUCCAGAGCGCCCACCAGCACUUCCUCGUGGUCUGAGCGGCAUUGGUCUUGGUCUGGGACCCGGUGGGCAGCCCAUCGAUGCCACCCAACUCAACCGAGGUGGAAUGGGCAACACUGGACCGGGAGGAAUGGAUGGAAUGGGCUUUGGUGGCAUGGGUAGAAUGGGAGGGAUGGAUAACUUUGGAGGUGGAAUGAACAACAUGGAUCGCUUCGGACCCUCUGGAAUGGGACGAAUGAAUGAUAUGGAUCGUGGUGUCGGUGGUGCUUUUGAUAGAGAAUUUAGUGGCCGUAAUGACAUGGGAAUGUCCCGUAACAACUUCGGAGACUCUUUUGACCGAGGAAUGGGAAAUUCCAUGGGAAUGGAUCGCAUGAAUUCUGGCAUGGACCGGCUCAGUGGUGGCAUGGACCGCAUGGCAGGUCUAGACCGAAUGGGAAUGGAUCGCCUGGACCGUGUGACUGAUCUGGACCGUCUGGGUUCUGGUUUCGACCGGAUGGGUGCAGGCCUUGACCGACUGGGGCCCAGUAUGGAUCGCCUGGGAUCAGGCCUUGAUCGUAUGGGUUCCAGUGUGGACCGCCUCGGCCCUGCUGGGUUUGAUAGAUUGGGUCCGUCCAGCUUGGACCGCCUGAGUGGUGGAAUGGAUUUUGCCUCGCCUAUGGGCAUGGACAGGAUGAAUGCAGGCCUGGACCGAAUGGGUACCAACUUUGACCGCAUGGGCUCUGCCAGCAUGGACCGCUUCCCUACCUCAGGCCUUGACCGCAUGGGUUCCAGCCUAGAUCGCAUGGGCUCUGGUGGUGUGGGUGGCCAGUUUGACAGACCUGCAGACAUGGAUCGUGGAAACUUCGGCACUCCUUUUGGUGGUUCCGGACAAGGAGGGCCAGUGAGCGCUGGAGCCAAUGUCAGGAAGUGUUGCCAGAUCUUUGUCAGAAAUCUACCCUUUGACUUUACCUGGAAGAUGUUAAAGGACACCUUCAAUGCAUGUGGGAUUGUGCAGUAUGCAGACAUAAAGAUGGAUAACGGAAAGUCCAAGGGAUGUGGUGUGGUGCGCUUUGAUAACCCGGAAACUGCUGAUAGAGCUUGCCGUACCAUGAAUGGCUACCGGCUCAACGGGCGAGAGAUCGAUGUCAGGCUUGACAGAAAUGUAUAAUCAUCUUUCAUUUUGCCUUCCAGAUGUCAUUCCCUUGAUCACCCUCACAAUACUAUCCAGUUUAUUAUCAGUUACAUAUUUGUAUAAGUGCAGGAUUGUGCACUUUUUAGUUUUCGCUUAUGACUUUUAAAGACCAAAUUAAUUUGUCCCAAAUCCCUCCCACUUUUUAUUGUAAUGCUUUUCAACAAAUUGCCUUUGUUAAAGGUUUGUUAAUAAAUCUCAACGAGAACCCACAGCGUUGUUCAUGUUUGUGGAGUCAGUUUAAAGUGGUUUUAUACUAAAGUCUACUGAUUUGACCACUAAGAGAGAAAAUCAAUUCUGAUAUAAGCUGUUGAUUAGACAGCUGGGUUGGCAUCAGCAAUUGUUUACUACACUGUAGUUUAAGGCUUGAUCAACUUCUUAAUAUAGAAAAUUUGUCAGUCCACUCAUAUUUGGUACACCCAGGGCAGCUUGGUUUCUAUGUCAAAAAGCAGCAUACAAGUGCAGCUAUCUACAUGAAUGGGGUAAGAACGAAAUUAUGCUAUAAAUAAAAACUAAAUUUUCCUGGCUUGUAUAGCUAAUGCGCGUUCUUGAGUUAACGGAUGUCCAUAUCUAAAUGGUGAUUGGCUCUUUUCACCCAUUCAUAUUAACAGAACUGGCCUGUUGCUGGUAAUGGUUUUCCACUGAAAUGUUAAACUGGGUACUAAAUGCCAUUUAAUUUGGCCCACAACCCUCUUGUUAAAGCAAUUAAAAUUCCUUAUAUAUUUGAAAUAUACAUAAUUGUCUAAGGAAUUGCAACCAAUCAACAAGUGUUAAUGUUUGCUAGAAAAUGUUUGUAAUUGAUUUCUAAUAAAAAAUCAUUUAACUACAGUGGUGGAAAUAUGAAUAUUGCAGCAGAUGUCAUAAGUGUUUGAAUCACAAGUGUUUGACGGUUUACAGCUUUUGUAUGUGGUGGUCAUGACCACACUAGGAUAUAGCCUAGUCAAUGUAAUUACCAUGUUGUGUUGGUGAUGGGCGUGUUUAAAACACCUUUACGAAUCUUUCUUUUGAACCAAUGUUUCGGAGUGCAUGUCAAACUGGCCAAGUCUCAUGAUUUUGGCAAACAAAGCUUCGUUAUGUUGUAUGAUUUCUGAGAAGUAUGUAGUUUGACAUGAAAUGUUGGCAGAAAAAUAUAUGGCAGUAAAUAAAUUUACAACACUUUGUAGCUGUUUUUCAGGACUUCCCAUUACAUUUACAUGCUAAUGACCAGCAGAAAUCCUUGGCAUGCAGAGUUUUGAAACCUUUGAAAUGGCAAAUAAUUUUGAGAAGUUUUGAUAGCUUUAGCUUUUCGUUAUCUCCAUCUUGUUUUUUCUUAUUUGAAGGCAUGUUUAAAACUUUUUACAUUUCAAAACUAACCAUAUCAGACAAAUGAAUGGUUACGUUUAGUGUUUGAUUUGGAGCAGUUACUUCAGUUUUUUCUCAAACUUCAGUAUUUCCAGGUCUGGCAGUUUUUUUGUUACAUUGGUCACGGUUGAGCUUUUUUGUCAUCAAAAUUUGUCAAUUUAAAAUUUUAUAAAAUAAAAAACUGAA